UCACAAAAGCGAAAGUUAACGGGUUGUGUUGGCGCAUCCACAGCACUCCCUCCCACGCGCAUCCCUAGGCCUACUCAGUGUGCGGUUUUUACUUUCUCUCUCUCACCUCUUGCUCUGGGUUUUUCCAAACCCCGAUGGCUGCUCGCGGGACACAGCGCGUGACGUCGGUUCAGGGGGUCGGGUCCACGAGCGCAUCUCUUAUUCUGAGCGCCGCGUCCAUGCUCGUCGCGUGCACCUGUCUUGGACUGCUGCUGGCUCAGGCGGCGCAGGUCCACAGGCUGCACGCGGAGCUGCGGGACCUCAAGCUGCGGGUCGCGGGGGAAACGGACGCGCGCCGCUGCGGGGUGCCGGCGACUGCUCCUUCCGGUGGACCGGAGGCGCGAGAUCUCGGCGGGAUUCGAAUGCGGAGGGAAAUGCAGAGAGAGGGAAAGCGGCGGAGACAGCGGCAGCUCGGUAAAAGGCGGCGCACUUUCCUGCACCUCCUGCCCCUCUCCUCACACUCAUACGAUGAGGAGGACCAGACACUGUUGAAAUGGACCACGGGACGCAGUCAAGGGGAGGGGCUAAAGUUGUCAGGUGAAACGGUUACCGUGUCGACUGGAGGGUCCUACUUCAUCUACAGUCAGGUCCUGUAUACAGACACCACUUACGUCAUGGGUCAUGUGAUCAGAAAGCGCUUCGAUGACAACGAGACCAACCUGCUGAAGUGCAUGAAGAACAUGCCAGCCAAUAAGACACUGGCACUCAACACCUGCUAUACUGCAGGUGUUCAGUACCUGGAGUCUGGCUCUGUGGUGGAGCUCCUGAUUCCCCGUAAGGAUGCAGAGAUCAGCCUGCUGCCCCACGCCACCUUUAUGGGUCUCUACAGACUCUGAACACUGAAACGACCCUGACCAACACACGUCUGAACACCGACUCAACACCAACCAACACGUCUAAACACCAACUCAACACCAACCAACACACAUCUGAACAUCGACACAACACCAGCCAAUACACACCUGAACACCAACUCAA